GGUAUCGCGGUCUCAGCUGUCUGUCAGUGUCAGUGGUGCGAUAUUUUGUUCAAAAAAAGAUUGGGUUGUCGUCAAGUUUGUGCAUUUUUUGGAAUAUCGUAUGGUUCUCUGUAAAUUCGCCCUUACAUUGAGGAAAUCUUGAUCGAGUUACAUUAGCUUUGUAGUUAAAAUAAAACGUAAUGGCAGCAAAUGAUGGUGUUCAGUAAUUUCUUGGCAUCGAAAAGUCUUUUUUGGUAAUAAAAAUCGUCGCCUGUGUGUGUGAAAAUUAGUUGACUACGAAACGUUAAUAUGUCGUCGAACAAACCCUUAAGUCCAAUAGAUGAACUCAAGUCGCCAACCACUCACAUCAUCCAAGAAAUAUACGAAGUGCAAAAUGCGCAUGAAGCAUUCGAAGCUGAAUUGGAAAAGGCACUUGUAGCUCGCAUCAAUUAUAUUAUCGUCGAGCCAGCUCGGCUGGGUGACGAGACUGCUCGCUGGAUCACAGUAGGAAAUUGUCUACACAAAACUGCUGUCGUUACUGGACUGGCGUCAAUCGUGACGGGCACGUUAUGGCCUGAACGGUUGGCUAUGUGUGCGGCACCGUUGUGUGCUAUAUCAGUAUUUUGUACGGGAUUAUACACCGUCAGUUGGAAUUACGAUCCUUGUUGUCAAUAUCAGGUGGAACGUGACACCAAGAAACUGUCCAAAGUACCAAAUCUCAACAAUUUCUCAUCGCCAGUAGUCCUAGUCUUUAGUUCUAAUAACAAAGCUAAGUAUCUGCAUCGAAGUGUGACGCUGCUGUCUGCAGCAUUUUGUGCAUGGAAAAUAUUCGAGGCGCUGAAAUAAUAAUAAUGAACACGGAUAGAGAUUUUAGAAUUGCACCGGCUAAGCAUAAAAAAAUGAAAUUGCCGAACAAGAAGAAUACUUGUAGAGAUUAUGGGCUAGGCGAUGAAUGGAAGUGUGAAGUGAAAUUUUACAUAAAAUAUAAAAUCGGUAAACAAUUCGCUAAAAUGGCAAUACUAAAUAAUUAUAGGCAUAAACCGGAACCGUGUUUAUUGAGGAAAGCUAAAGUGAGAAGAAAAAUAAUUGUUAAAGUUUGUUAGUAGUUGACGCAAGUCGUUUAUAGGCUGAAAUAUAUAGUAAUUAAUUGUCUUAUGUUUCGUUGCUCAAAAGUAUAAUGAGAAUAGUGAGCCCAAUAACUACGCCCAUACUUUACAUUUUCUUGCAUUUUUGUAGAAAUAUUUUCUUUUUGUUUAAACAUUUUUUUACAGAAACCGAAAAUUGUAAUUUUUCAUUUUUGAACCAUAGGCUUCGGUAAUAUCACAAAUGCUAAAAAAUUAAUUUUCUUUUUAGUUUGUGUUUAGUAAAUUGAUCAAAAAAUCAUGUUCGGACGACUCGAUUUAUUUUGUAUGUUUAGAAUUUAAGUGAUUUAAAGCACAAGCGGAAUUUUGUUGUAGUAAAGUUCAUUUGAAAUUACAAAAUAAA